AUGCAGGGGAAGGUUGUCAGUGUACAUGGUGCUGAUGCACAAUGGUACGAACCUACUCAAAUACCACAGGAUAAAUACUUGAAGAUAGUUCAAGGGCGGAAUCUUUUUCUAGUGACAUUUAUCACUGGCUCUGCAGUGAUUUGGGGCUUGAGUUUGAUACCCCAAUGGUGUAUGUAUCGUUCGGUGUCAUGGAUGUACCGGAAGUAUUGCAGAGGCCGAGUGCUUGAUCUCACUCCAAAGGUGGCAGACGCAAGGGAUGUGAGAUAUUACGAGAUGUCAAAUGCUGUUCGUGUCGAAUUUAUUGUAAAGGAAAGGGUUGAUGACGACGAAUACAAAACCGACUUGUCGCUUUCUGAAGAGGAGCAAACUGAAAGGCGGCGGGCUCUGACUUUGGGUUUUAUGUUGAAGAAUGAUUAUAACUGGGCUGGGAGCUCUAUAACUUUUGACACUGUUGAGCGGAGGGAGACCGAAAUGCCCGACUUCAGGAAAUACGAUACCGUUGUGAUUCGGAAUGAAUUGUUGAACAUGGGUCAGGAAGGGGCGCGGAAGAUGUUGAACUCAGCCGCGGCCUACGUUAAGGAGGGAGGGUAUGUUCUUCUUAUGGACUUUGGAAAACCCAGAUGGCCGCUGUUAGCCUCGCUCACUCGCUGGUUCGGUGCUGCGACGCGCAGCUCAAUGAACCUUACUCACGAUUACGGAAGGUGGGUGGCAGAGGACAACUGCUACUCAAUUAUAGCGGAACGGAGGUGCCUUAUGGGGGUUCACUACGCAUUCGUGUUACAGCGAAAGCCAUGA